AUGCCUGCCCUCAGAUCCAUGGCCGCGGCCAUGGCGGCAGCGGCCCUCGUUGGCCACAGCUAUGCCACCGAGGUGUCCCUGCCCCCGUGCCUCGAUCCCUUUAAGCCUUUCGUUUACGCCGGUUGCUACAAGGACCUCGGCAACCCGCAGCUGUUGCCCUACCGCAGCUCUGCCCCCAGCGAGGACAUGACUGUCGAGAAGUGUGUUGCUGAGUGCAAGGGCAACGGUUACCGCUACGCUGGUCUCGUCUACUACGGCAUCUGCUACUGCGGUGCCACCGUCCGCGGCCCCGAGGCCGACGAGUCUGAGUGCAGCUUCCCCUGCAACGGCGACAAGUCGGAGAACUGCGGCGGCAACAACCACUUCUCCGUCUGGCAGGACCCUACUUUCCAGGCCACCGAGGAGGUCACCAUCGAGCACUACGAUCCCAUCGGCUGCUGGACCGAUGACUCGCCCUAUGGUCGUGCCCUCGUCUACAAGCAGGACCACAUCCCCUCGUCGGAGAUGACCACUGAGAAGUGUCUUCAAGCUUGCCGUGAUGGCGGCUUUCCCUUCGCUGGUACCGAAUACAGCGGCGAGUGCUGGUGCGGUGUCGUCAUUGGCAACGGCACCCACGCUGCCCCUGAGUCUGAGUGCAACAUGCCUUGCCAUGGAGACAACUCCCAGACUUGCGGUGGUCCUUCCCGCCUGAGCCUCUAUGCUGCCGAUGAGCUGCUUUCUCUCGAGCCUUGCGGCUACGUCCCGCCGGCUGAGUCCAGCUCGUCCUCUACUGCUGCUCCCUCCUCGACCUCCACCGAGGCCCCUGAGCCAAGCUCGACUUUCCCUCCCGAAGAGACCUCCAGCACCGUCGAGGAGCCGACUACUACCCCUGAGCCGACCACCACUCCUCCCCCCACGACCUCCAAGUCCAGCACCACCACCUCGACCACUAGCUCGGUCUGCACCACCACGACCGUGAUCCCGCCCACUUGCGAGUACAAGUGCGGCAAGUGGUGCUCGAAUCCUCUGCCCGACUGGAAAGACCAGAAGACCUGCAGCCAGGCCUGGGCCAGCUGCACUCUGCAGAUCGCCUCCUGCUUCUUGACCGCCUCGUGGCCCGAUGUCCUUGACUGCUUCGACUUCAGCGAGUGGUGCUCAGACGUGAGCCGUGCCUGCGGCAAGAUCCACCACAAGCACGACUUCAUCAAGCAGCACCCUCCUAAGGGCGGCAACCCGGCCGUGACCAAGACCAUCACGGUUCCGUGCGCCACUCCGACCAGCACCAAGACCUCGAGCACUUCUACCUCGACGGUCGUCCCGACCCCGACCAACAUCUGCACGCAGCCAUCUAACCCCGUUGGCGGCAUCCCGUUCCCCAUCGUUACCUGCAACGACGUGAGCAAGGACUGGCCGACCUACCCCUUCAAGAAGUUCGACCACCCCGACACCAAGAUGUGCAAACGGUACCAGCGCAACAAGGUUUCCACCGCCUGCGCCGACGCCUGCAAGGACCAGUACGAGGACUGCAUCAAGGUGUACGCCGAGGGCUGCCGACAGAAGAAGAAUACCGGCCCACGGGAUCUCCUUGCCGUUUCUAGCAACAGCCAGCAGCUCGGCAGUCUGGGUAAGAGGACGUUCUACCAGUGGACGGACGACUACAUGACUGCCGUGCGGAAGUGCGAGAAGCAGCUGAGUGAUUGUCUCAAGUUGAAUAAUAAGAUUGAUGGGAAUAAGAAGUGCCCUAGCUUCGGGCACUAUUAA